AUGCCUGGAGUUCACUCCCAUGACAGGGAGGACGGGAACUGGGCAGUUGGUGAAAAUAUCCCCUUGUCAUCAGGCAGAACUCUUCUCCCCCGCCCGGUGGCUUCCCUCGUGUCGCUGUUUGCCCAGUCGACGUCAUUAUCUCUACGUGUUGGGACAUUCCUAGGCGGAUUUGCUCUCGACAGUGCGAGGACUACCACUCUCACAGGUCUGGAACUGAGCAGAGCUGUUGUCGAGAGUAUCCUGGUAAAGGCUGGCAAGGAUGUGGCCCUGCAAGGUACCGAGUAUGGGAGGAUGCAGGCCGAAUCGCUGCUGGAGCGCAGUCUGGCAACCUUACAUUCCACGAUAACCUCCGCCUCGUUCUUUGCUUCUGCCGGUUUUCACCUUUCCUCGAUGACGUUAAGUUCUUUUUCCGUGUUCUCCCAGAACCUCCUCUCCACACUGGAUGCUAUCCUCGGAUCUUCUGAAUCGUCCCGUGCUAUUGCCGCUAUUAUCACGCUUAUUAUAAGAGAAUAUCGCAGCGAAGCGAACAAGUAUGGCGGGCAGAAAGCGAGCGUAGCUGAUUUGUUGGUAGGCUCCACCGGUUUUGCCUUGCUGCAACGGUGGGGUCGAAGAGCAACAGAGAGAGAAAUACGAGAAAAAGGCAAGGAGGAGACCGUUUGGGAUGUAGUAAUCCUCGACAACGGAUUGAGAGCGGAUGUUGUAGGAACCCAACAAACCGAAUAUCCCGAGGAUAUUGAAACCAGACCCACGCAUGCCUCUUCCAGGGCGUCGUCUUUUAUAUUUCCAGAUGAGUCUGACGGUGCUGAUAUCUUAAGAUCGAUGGAACAUGACACAUCUGGACGGAACACUCUAGGCACUCUCUUACCCCAUGUUUCUCUCCCCGCUGAUCACCAGUAUGAGCUUUCUGAUGAAGAGAUCCGAGUAUAUAUCAUGAACCAGUUACCAGAUGGCACCAGGGCCUCAAUAAGGACAGACACCGUCACAUCCAGAACUAUAACAGUUGACUUCUAUGACAACGAUGUUGUGGAUCUGUCUCCGCCGCCUGGGGCUAAAAUGAUAGUGGAAAGCUUUCACCACCUUCAGGAUGCGGAUUCAAGCGAUGCUUCAAGGGGUUUUGUAAGCCAUCCGCCGAAACAUACUGUUGUAUUUCGAACUACUUCAAACCAUUCUGAAAGUGCGGAGCUACGCAAACAAGAGUUCAGCAAUGUACUAUCCACUGUCGAUUGCAAUUCAGUCUCCUUGCCUCGUUCUUCAGACAAGCGAAAAUCGAUAAGCGAUGUAAUACCGGCCUCGGACCCAUCUGCUAUUAAUACGGCGACCUUGCAGGAUUCCUACCCGGGAAAUACCAAUAACCUUUCGUUCGCACAUGGCCCAGGUCUACAAUCAUCGAUAACUGAUUCCGGAUCGCAGAAAGCCCACAAAGAACCACCUUUGAAGAAGAUGUUUACAGGCAUAGCCAACACAGCCCUACCGUCCUCACAAGACAAAGACGUGAACAAAUCCGACAAAGAAAAUAUCUCCUCUCGAAUCGUUUUGAAAAAUUCUUCACUAAAGAAACCUGUUGGUAAAUCGAAUAGUAGCGAAAAUACACUACCCACUCCACCAAAAGCAAAACGCUUAGGUUUUACUGACAAAACUUUACCCCGGCUACCAUCAAGGCGCGAGCCUCCAUGCCAGAAGCGAAGCUACAGUAGUAAUUCAGUCAAUUCGCAUUUGAACGGUAUUCAAACGAAAUCUCCUUCGAAAUCAAGUUAUAUCUCUGUUCAAGGGAAAAGAGUCGAGUCAUAUACCGCCCAAACCGACGCAUACUCCCUUUGUUCUAGGCAAUCCUGUCCCAGUUCUCCUGUAAAAUCAAGAAAUCACGUCCGUAGCAGCAGCGCGCUCUCCAGGGCUACGUCCGAGAAAGACCUGUCUAUUCUCGUUAACGACGAUGAUAGCCUGCGGACUCUGGCAUCGCAUCGAAGAGGAUCCCUUAAAUCACUUGCACCUAGCACCUACUCCAUUGCCGAUGCGGGAUCUGAAACUUCCUUAGUUCUUGCCACACGACCUGCAAAGAGUGUGUACGAUGACCAAGCUACGAUUUUAGCCCUCCAACGCGAUGGCCGGGUUCCAGGAAUGUUUCCCGAUGACCACAUUGUGAAAAACAUACAGAGAUUUUCCCGUUUCUCCUCGGCAUCGUACGGUUCCAAUUUCCUCCGUGUAAUGGGUAUUGGGAACCUCAAACAGACACGGCAGAAGGAUGAAUAUAUCAGCGAUGAUCACCACGAACACUGCUCAUUUUCCAACUAUACUGGGCUCCCAGCAUCAACUAUCCUUCUUUCAUCAUUUGUCGACCCUGCAGGAGGGUCGAAUGCAGCUGGAGAAACUGCUGAAGGAUUCCCUUUGGUGCACUAUCUGUCCCUGGACCACGCCUCCAAAGCUGUUGUCUUGACGCUUAGAGGCACGUGGGGAUUUGAAGAUAUCUUGACGGAUAUGACCUGCGAUUAUGAUGAUCUCUAUUGGUUGGGAAGGACAUGGCAGGUCCACAAGGGGAUGCAUGCAUCAGCGAGGCGGCUCCUUGAAGGAGGUGGUGGGCGCGUUAUGGCGACAAUCAGAGCUGCGCUGGAAGAGUUUCCAGAAUACGGAGUCAUAUUCUGUGGCCACUCUUUAGGUGGUGGUGUCGCUUCGCUUCUAGCAACUAUGAUCUCGAAACCACUGGAUACAGACAAGCCAGGGCCUUCGUUCGUAACGGCAGCCAAACCCUCAUCUGGGAUGACCCUACUUCCAUCGUCUCAAGCGGGAUACAGCGAGCGAAAAACUGGUCAACUCUUUCUCCCCUCCGGACGACCGAUACAUGUCUACGCCUUUGGGCCGCCUGCAGUAAUGAGUCCCGCCCUCCGACUUGCUACAAGAGGCCUAAUCACAACUGUCGUCAACGGCCAAGAUAUCGUUCCAACCUUAUCCCUCGGAAUUCUCCUCGAUUUUCACGCCGUCGCUAUGGCUUUCAAAAGUGAUAUGUCCGAUGCCAAAGCGCAUGUCCGCUCACGUGUCUGGGAAAGCAUUACCGCCACAGUCGUGAACAAAUUCUACAUAAAUAGACCCCCGCUCCUCGUCCACGCGGGUGACAGAGCUGGUGAAGAUUCCUGGGCCUGGACUACGCUGAAAUCGCUACGUGAGAACUUAGUAGCACCCAAGCUACUCCCGCCUGGCGAAGUGUUUGUCGUGGAGACUAUGCGUGUAUUGCAUCGUGAUGCAUUCACAUUCGACUCCUUCAGUGGUGGUGAUGGAUCAGCGCGCCUAGGUCGACCUGCAACCCGUGUGCAGCUUAAAUUCAUCCGGGAUGUAGAAACGCGGUUCGGCGAGGUAAGAUUCGGGUCCGGGAUGUUGGGUGAUCAUAGUCCUGCCAGGUACGAGGCCAGCCUGGCCGUGUUGGCAAGGGGGGUUCUGGAGGACUGA